AUGUCUAAGAAAGUACCACUGAAAAAAAAAGGGAAGGGGAAAGUGUUGGUUCCCAAAUGGAAAUUAUUUCGGGCGAAAGAGCCAUUAUUAUCCGUUUUUAUGUGGGGAGUUAACCACUCGAUGGGUGAAUUGAUGCACGUCCCACCGCCUGGUUUACUGAUGCCUGAUGAUUUUAAAGCAAGCGCAAAAAUUAAAGUCGAUUAUCAUGCUUUUAACAAAGACAACAUGCCAAGUCAUUUUAAAAUUAAGGACUACUGCCCAAAUGUAUUCAGGAAUAUUAGAGAACAAUUUGGUGUGGAUCAAAAUGAGUAUCUGCGGUCUCUUACUCACUACGAACCAGAUUCAGAGUCAGAUCAAAUUGACAAAAGCGGGUCGCGCUUAUUUGUAUCGUAUGAUAAAAAGUUCGUGAUAAAAACAAUGGAUUCAGAAGCAGUAGCGGAGUUACAUAGCAUUUUACGUUCUUACCAUCAGUAUGUAGUGGAGAAACACGGUAAAACACUUCUUCCACAGUACCUUGGUCUUUAUCGGAUUACUGUUGAUGGCACGGAAACCUAUCUGAUUGUUAUGCGUAACAUUUUUGGACGGAAUUACGUUGUUCACCGCAAAUAUGAUCUCAAGGGUUCUACCGUACAGCGUCAAGCUAGUGAGAAGGAGAAAACUAAGGAGCUUCCGACAUUAAAAGUACUUCUUUUUUUGAAUUACGAUUAUAAACUACUGCUACCAGAGGAUGCUCGGCAAAAGUUAAUUGAUAUGUUGAAUGCUGAUACUGAAUUUUUGGCCAAACUUCGCCUGAUGGAUUAUUCUUUACUAGUCGGUAUUCAUGAUAUUGAGCGUGCCGAAAAAGAAGCAGCUGAAGUUGCGACCAGUCAACAACAAAUUGAACAGUCCGAAGGAGAAGCAUCUGCUGAUGAGUUGGGACCUACUCCUCCAGAAUCUCCAGUUCCUUCUACCGGUGCAUUUGCUCCAAUUCCACCUGGUGGUCCUAAUUUAGAUGAUGAAUUUUUUGCAAUUCCGAGCAAUGCUGCAAGUUCGAAAAGGCUUAUUUAUUUUAUUGGUCUUGUCGAUAUACUCACUUACUACGGGGUGAAAAAGCGAACAGCAUCAGCUGCGAAAGCUGUUAAAUACGGUUCUGAGGCUGAAAACAUUUCUACCGUUAAGCCUGACCAGUAUGCACGUCGACUUCUGGAAUUUGUUACACGUGCAGUUAACGACUCACCUUAA